AUGUCGUUCAAACGCAAAGCGCCUCCGACGUCGGCGGGUGAUGACGCAAAGAAACCCAAGAAGAAUUCGGACCUCACGUCGUUCUUUGGACCGCCCAAGGUCAAGACGGCGACGGCGACGAACAAUGGCGGACUUGCCGGUGGCGGCGGCGUCGUCGCCGAAUCGGCACCCACCCCAAAGUUCGACAAGGACAAAUGGGCCUCGGGGCUCAGUGAGGAACAGAGACGGCUUCUCAAGUUGGAAAUCGACACUCUCGACCCGAGCUGGCUGGCGCAGCUGAAGGACGAAGUCACCAGCAACUCGUUCCUGGAACUGAAGCGGUUCCUGCAAAAGGAGACGGCGUCGAGUCAAAAGAUCUAUCCGCCGAUGGAAGACGUGUACAGCUGGUCGCGACACUGCCCGCUGCACAAGGUGCGCGUGGUCAUCCUCGGCCAGGACCCGUACCACGGGCACAACCAGGCCCACGGCCUGUGUUUCUCGGUGCGCCCGCCGACGCCGGCGCCGCCGAGUCUUCGCAACAUCUACACAGCCAUCAAGAGAGACUACCCUUCCUUCAGCCCGCCGCCCAAGAGCGCGGGCGGCCUGCUGACGCCGUGGGCGGACCAGGGCGUCCUGCUGCUCAACACGUGCCUGACGGUGCGCGCGGGCCAGGCCAACUCGCACGCGAACCACGGGUGGGAAAAGUUCACGCAGAAGGUCAUCGACACCGUGGUCAAGCUGAGAACGAGGGGCGUCGUGUUCCUCGCCUGGGGCAGUCCCGCGCAGAAGCGCUGUGCCGGCAUCACGGGCGCCAGGCACCUCGUCUUGAAAAGCGUGCACCCGAGCCCGCUGAGCGCGCACAAGGGGUUUUUCGAGUGUGGUCAUUUCAAGAAGGCGAACGAGUGGCUCGAGAGCCGGUACGGGCCCGAGGGAGUGGUUGAUUGGAAUCUUGACGGCAACAAGAGUGUGCCGAUGAAGGGCCCCGCGAAGGAUGUGCAGGGACCCGUCAAGGUUACGGAAGAUCAAGUACCGUCUCCCAAAGAAGACGGACCCGUGACAGAGAUGGUUGAAAACGGGGCCGGGUGGAAUGGAGAGAAGAAGGACGACAAGGACGAGUUUGAGGGAGAUGACGACGACGACGCAAUUGCGGCACUCGAAGAGGUCGCGAGGCUUGAAGCUGAAGCUGAAGCUGCAGCCCAUGGGACCGGGAAGGUGAAGGAAUGA